CCCACCUAAAGCUUUGCUUUAACGUUACAUAUUAACUCAGACUCCUCCUGCAGUAAACAGAGAAACCUCUGUUUAUAAAGACAAGGAGUACUGGAAGCGCGCCUGAACUUCUUUAAUAAGCGAGACUUGACCACAGAAUCCAUCAUGAAGAAACUGCUUGUGGAUGCUGAUUGUGGAAUGGAUGAUGCUCAGGCCAUUAUGAUGGCAUUGGCAGUGCCAGGCGUGCAGAUCCUGGGCAUCACCUGUGUUCAUGGAAACACUAAAAUAGAUAAUGUCUGCAAAAAUGUUCUGCGUGUUCUGGAUGUGUGUAAGCAUCUGGAGAUUCCUGUAUUUCGUGGAGCAGCUAAAUCACUCUUGGGUCAGAUCACCAGUGCUGGACACUUCCAUGGGACAGAUGGACUUGGAGAUGCCCCAGAUCCCAAUGCUCCUGGUUUGGACCUCAUUCAGGCAGAAGGAGCAGUAUCAGCCAUGAUUCGAAUAGUCAAUGAAAAUCCUGGGGAGGUAUCUCUAGUGGCCACGGCUCCACUGACGAAUCUGGCAUUGGCGGUGAAACUUGACCCCACAUUCCCCCAGAAACUCAAGGGCCUUUACAUUAUGGGAGGCAACACAGAUUCUCGUGGGAACACCUCCAUGUGUGGAGAAUUCAACUUCGCAGCUGAUCCUGAAGCAGCUUACAUCGUUCUAAAUGAAUUCCUUUGCCCAAUUUACGUUGCAACCUGGGAGUUUGCCUGUCGAAGUAAAAUACCCUGGGACUUCUGUGAUGGCUGGCUGGCCCAGGACACAGAUAAGGCUCGGUUCAUGAAAAAGAUCUUUAAGCACAGCAUGGAGUCCAGCCACAGUGAGAGAAGGGAGAAGGAGCUGGUGUCAGGACAGGGAUUCAUCUCCUGUGAUUCGUAUGCCAUGGCAGCAGCCAUAGAUGACAAAUAUCUCAUUGAAACUGACCACAAAGCUGUAACAGUAGAGCUUGCAGGCAACUGUUGCAGAGGAAUGAUGGUCGUAGAUCAUCUUGAACUUUUGCAGAAAACUCACAAAGUCCACAUCAUAAAGAAGGUGGACUUGGAGAGAUUUAAAGUGCUCAUGAUGAAUGCUUUAAAAUAAUUUAUACCAUGGUCUGUUUAAAUACUCGAUUCUGAUUGGCUGGAAGGUGUGCAUUAAAACAGUUUAAUGCACAGGUAGUUCCAGUCAGUUUGAUUACAGUUAGAAAUUAAUCCGCUACUAUAAACAUUGGCAACCAUAGUAACACAGUUACACUUGCAAACUGAGUGAGAGACACAUAUGAAAAUGUUUAUUUAGGUAGACUAAAUGGAUGAUUUUUGCAUAUCGUUUAAUUUUUACGGUGAAUAUGGCAAUUUUGAAAAAUGGGCCCAGGCACAAGACGAAAUAGAAGACUUGGAGAGAGGGAGAGAGAGAGAGACGCACUUUAAGAGAGACCCACGCACGCAUCUCUCUCUCUCUCUUAUAUAGUAAUCGUGGUUGGAGACGCCAGCUUUAUUUCACACUCUACAUAAUUCAUUUAAAUAAAUGACAUGAUUAGUUCAAAUAAAGAUUGCCUUGUCACUGUCUGUGUUGCCUGUCAUUCAUAAAUAAUUUUAAUAAAUCCAUUAAAGAAUAUAUGCUUAAGCAACGAGGGGAUAGACUUUAAAGGUUAAGUGUGUAAAUUUUCGCGACCUCUAAUGGUGAGGUUGGGAAUUGCAACCAACGGCUCAGUCCACUGCUCACCGCUCGCUUUUGAAACGCAUAGAGAAACUAUGGUAGCCGCCACCAGAAAAACAUGUCAUCAACGGAGACAACUCAGUAAAAAAGUUAACAAUAAGUUUAAAUAAAUGUGAUAAUUCAUUGAAAUAAAAGCAAUAUGAUGGCACUACUUUAUUUAAAGUGGACAGAGUGCGAGCCUUAACUUAAGCAAAUGACAGUCAAAUUUACCCGUCUGUUAAAAAAAUACGCUGUAAACAUUAAUUAAAGCUUUAUUUAGCUACGCUGGUGGUUCUUUGCCUUCCCGUCCUGCAUUAAAAUCCUUUAAUGCUGUGGAUUAUCCCUUACAUAUACAUAAUUUUAUUUCAUUAAUGUAUUUUUAUUAUCAUCUUUGUAGAUGGUCUAGUACUCCAUUAAUGACUCUACUUCAUUAAAAUUUUACAAAUCA